AUGGUGCUGCAACACCACGUAAGGAAGGGGGCAGCUCACAGUCCGUCCAACUGUUAUGACCGGAAGUCCGGAAAAUACUCUAUAAGCGUAGAGAUGGAUGGAUCCUGUGGACUUCAUCGUUCAGAAACUGGCAUGGAAGCAUCCUUCUAUCAGAUUGAAGUGCAUUGUUUGAAUCCGGAGGGCAGAAAAGGUCUCAUGCUUAACAAGACGACUUCCCAAAACAAGCCGCAAGAUGAUGAAGCUACACUGGGCGGUAUGCAUUUUGCUCCUGAUGAAUCAUCUGUCUGGCCAAACAUGUCCUGUGAACAUGACGACAUUCAUCAGCACAAAGUUAAAGGCGUAGUUACUCAGGGUGGCCCCGUUUCGAGAGAGAAUAGCAUAACACUGCCAUCGUGCCUGACGGGCCAGAAAAUCAAAGGCAGCUUUCAGAUCAAGGAACACAAACACUGUUGGUCACUGGAAGCAGUAUCGCUGUUCAGGAAUCUGUCGGAGGGUGAGGAUAUGAUCGAUGCAUCCUCUCGCAGGACGGAACCCAAAUUGGCUUUUACGGAUCUGUCUAUCGCUGUGUCCGGUCAACCUUCGAAGGAUAAGGCCAGGAGCACCUUCGGUGUCACAGCUAACAGGCUGACGCCACGAUGGUUUUCACACAGCGUUCGCGUACCCUUUUUGAAGAUGGGCAUAAUGGUCAACAUAACUCAUUCUGCAGGCACCUUCUCUUUGAUCCAUAAGAACGGUGGUGUUUCUUCUGUUCUGGAACUAAUCAACAAUCCAGAAGCUCUGCUUUAUGCCACUUCAGUAGCCACGACUGUUGAGAUUUUUCAUGUGCACGAAGAGAAUGAAGAAAAAAUACGGCAUGAGGCUCAUUAUACGGUGGGAACAUUUUUGAUAGAUGGGCAUGUAGUUGAAGUGCGCUGUGUCAGCUCUGCAGUCCCUGGCAUCGUUUGGGACAGGAGGUGCGAAAGAGGCAGACGUGGUACAAAAAGGCACGAAGAGCUCUCCAAAAGCUCCCUUACAUAA